AUGCGGCUUCUCAGCUCUGCACUCGUAACUCUCCUUACACUUACAACAUUCAGCUUUGCAAGUUCGAGUUCUGUUCUUGUAGUGCUCGACCCAUCAUUAGACAGGGAGAACUAUUCGAUUUUCUUUGGUGGACUUGAAAAACGAGGCUAUAAUUUAACGUUCCGUGCUCCCAAAGACACCAGUCCUGCCAUCACCGACUAUGGCGUGCCAAACUAUGACCACGUCAUUCUUUUCGCACCAGACACAAAAUCAUAUGCACAAGACAUCACUCCCCAGUCACUCGUAGGCCUCCUCUCAGAGAACACCAACCUACUCAUCGCGCUCUCUCCGAAACAAACGCCCCUCACAAGUCUCGCGGCAGAGUUCUCACUCAUCCUCCCGCCUCCAGAAACACCACUUAUCUCGCACCACCCCGCUCGUUCAGAGCCCCAAACCACAAUCCCUGUCACGGUCUCAUCAUCAAGCCCAAUCCUCACCUCAGGAAUACCCCCAGUCUGGUUUACAGGCGCACCUCACGCGCUAGGCUCUACCCCUAUGCUCGUUCCCAUUCUCCGUGCCCCCGCAGAGAGUUUCGCUGCCGACUCCACAAGUGACGCUGACAGCGACGCCCUCGUAACUGCUUCCGAAAAAGGCGGUGAAGGCCUCUGGGCCGGAAGUCAGAUGGGCUUAGUUACUGGAUUCCAAACGAACGUGAACUCGCGCGUAGUGUUCGCAGGCGGCGUGAAGAUGUUCAGUGACGAAUAUGCGACAAAGGAGCUUCCUUCUGGGGGGCCUCCUGGGAACGCUUUGUUCGUGACGGAUGUGGCUGCCUGGGUUUUCCAGGCGAAGUUGAAGUUGAGGAUCGAUGGGGUUGACCAUCAUCGAGUUGGUGAGAGCGAGGCGCCAAAGAUGUAUACUACUAAUGAUGAAAUCGUGUAUACAGCGCAUAUCUCUGCGUACGACAGCGAGACGUCUACAUGGAAGCCUUACAGCGGCAUCGACGACUUGCAGUUAGAAUUCACCAUGCUCGAUCCUCACAUCCGCACCUCUCUUCUGCCUGUUUCUGGCUCCCCUGGUACAUACCAAGUCCAGUUUCGCGCUCCUGAUAGACAUGGUGUUUUCAAGUUUGUCCUCAACUGGAAGAGGAAGGGUUACUCAUACCUCGAAUCAAGCACGACCGUCCCGGUCGUGCCGCCGAGACAUGACCAAUACCCCCGUUUCUUGAGCGCCGCGUGGCCGUAUUAUGCAGGAGCUAUCAGCACCAGCGCUGGAUUUUUCCUUUUUGCAGCUUUGUGGCUUGCAGGAGAUGUCAAAGGCGAGCGGAAGAAGGGUUCCAAAGUAGAGUAA